AUUACAAUCUUCGCCUUUUCCAAUUCAAUCGAUCGGAUCCAUCAGUCCGAUCUUCCUCCUAACAAUCUUGGUGACGGAAAACCCUAAUCGCCAUGAAUGAAUCUCAUCGAAGUUCUGUACAUCAAGCACUUGGUGGUGGCCAAGUUGCCGACGUGUUGCUUUGGAGGAGACGAGUUGGAAGUGUGUUUAUACUAGUUGCUUCGACUUCCUUAUGGUUACUCUUUGAGCGAGCUGGUUACAACAUCCUAUCGUUUGUUUCAAAUGUUCUAUUACUUCUUGUUGUCAUCCUCUUCCUUUGGGCUAAAUGUGCUUCUCUUCUAAAUAGACCUCUGCCUCCAUUGCCAAAUCUGGAAAUCUCCCAGGAAUAUGUAUUGGUUCUUGCUGAUACAAUCCAACCAAUAGUGAAUUGUGUUUUAUCUGUUGCUAGAGAAAUUGCAGUUGAUGGGAAUCUGAAACUUUUUCUAAAGGUUGCUUUUGGGCUUUGGGUUAUAUCCUUUAUUGGUAGUUUCUUCAACUUCAUCACUUUAGUCUAUCUGGGCAUUCUUGUCAGCCUGUCGUUACCAGCAUUGUAUGAAAAAUAUCAGGAUCCAGUCGAUGAUAAAUUGACUGUAGCUCACAAAAUGAUUGAGACGCAAUGCAGGAGUUUUGAUGACAAGAUUCUUAGAAGGAUUAAAAUGCCAUUUCAAAAGGAAAAGAAGAUCUAAUAGACUAAUUGUUUCCAUUUGCUGAAUGAUGAUUGUUGAUAUCAUCUGGUAUUAUCAUCAAUUGCAACUUACAAGACUCUUUUGGUUGAUGCAUCUAUUAUGCUCCGAGUCUUCCUAUGUUUUCUUUUGGGCACGAAUUUCUUAGAUGAGUAGCACAGCAAAGACAACAGUCUGAUGUAUUUCUUUUUUCUGUUCUGCAAUAGGGUGUAGCUACGGUUUUUCUUUGUGAAAUAUUCCAACUUUGUUUGACAUUUUUCCAACUCUUAAUUACUUGGCACAUUCAAAAUUGUAGUUAUUGCAUUGCCUAUUAUUAGAUGGGAAAA